GCUGCGGCCCGGCCUCCCCGCCGCGGGCAGACGCGCCCCGAGCCUCGAAGUUCCGCCAGGCGUUCGCGCAGAAGAAAGGACCGGACUUCGCGCCGCGGCCCCCACUCCCGCCGGUCCUCUGGACCCCGGAGCGCGCGCUCCUCGCCCCCGUCCCAGACGAACGGCGCUGGCCCCUGCGCGCCCCUCCUCUCAGUGUCCCCGUGCGGGCAAAGGGUCGCCAGCCGGGCCGCGCUCCCCCUCCCAGCCCCGGGGCCCGGCGCACCCCCAGGCGCGCGCCCGCCCCGCCCCCCGGGGCCCGGGCCACCGGCAGGAGUCUCCGCGCGCGCCCCCCCGCCCCGGGCCCGAGGUAAGCGGCGCGGGCUCCGGAGCGCUUCCGCCCUGCCCCGCCCCCGCGCCGCCCCUCCCCGCCGGCCCCGCCCCCGCGCCGCCGGCGCUCCCCGCUCGCUCUCCGGCCCCGGCCGGCACUUUCCUCCCAAGUUGCAGCGCAAGUUCGCCAGUGGCCGGCGGCGGCGGCGGUGCGUGUGCCCCGUGCCUCCUCGCCCUCGGACAGCCGGCGUUCUCCGCAGUGCAUGGGUACCGGCCCGGGGGGCUGAGCGGCCGCGCCCCCUCUGCGCCCCGCGCCAUGGAGGGCGCCGAGACCCGCGCGCGGCCCGAGCGUCUGGCCGAGGCCGAGGCGCGGGCGGCCGACGGCGGGCGCCUGGUGGAGGUGCAGCUGAGCGGCGGUGCCCCGUGGGGCUUCACCCUGAAGGGCGGCCGCGAGCACGGAGAGCCUCUGGUCAUCACAAAGAUUGAAGAGGGUAGCAAAGCCGCAGCCGUCAACAAGUUACUGGUGGGAGACGAGAUCGUGGGCAUCAAUGACAUCGGUCUCUCAGGGUUCAGGCAGGAAGCCAUCUGCCUGGUGAAGGGGUCCCAUAAGACUCUGAAGCUCAUGGUCAAAAGGAAGAGUGAUCUGAGCUGGAGGCCUCACUCCUGGCAUGCCACCAAAUUCUCUGACAGCCACAUCGAGCCAGCGGCCUCUCUGUUCCCCUCUGCUAGCGGUGGCCCUUCCUGGCACGGCCAACACCACUCCAGUUCUUCCUCCCAUGACUUGUCCAGCUCGUGGGAACAGACGACCCUCCAGCGUGCCUCUGGCCACUUCAGCUCCCUGGGGAGCAUGGACAGCCUGGACCACCCCUCCCAGCACUACCCCUCUGGCCAUCUCUCAGCAGCCAAGUCCAACAGCAGCAUUGACCACCUGGGUUGCCAUAGCCAGCGAGACUCGGCCUACGGCUCCUUCUCCACCAGCUCGGGCACUCCAGACCACACCUUGUCCAAGGCUGACGCCUCUUCCAUAGAGAGCAUCCCCUACAGCGUGGGCCUCUGGGAGGCCUCCAGGCAGGGCGGCAGCCGGCACGGCCAGGCCACCAGUGACCCUCUGGGCCUGGAGGAGAGGCUUGGGUCCUUCCCGCCCAGUGUGCCUGGUGACAGCAGCAAAAGCUCCAGGCCAGAGGACAGUGCCGUGCCCAAGACGUCCUCUUGUGGAAGGUCCAGUUUUGGGCCAGUCUGGCAUGUUCCUGACAAGAAGAAAGCACCUUCCUCCCCACCCCCACCCCCGCCCCCUCUCCGCAGCGAUAGCUUUGCUGCCACCAAAAGCCACGAGAAGGUCCCGGGCCCCCCACUCUCAGAGGUGGCCACCACCCAGCACUUUACAGUCCUGGCCCAGGCUCAGCCUCGCAGUGACUGGCGACCAGACCCUGCUGAUCGGCCACGGAGGCCCGUGCGCCCCACCAGUGGGAAGGGAGCAGGAGGCCUGGGCUGCCUACAAGAGCCCCGACUGGACUCCAGCCAGCCAUCCUCUGAAGACAGGGUUCCUGGCAGGCUCCAGGCCUCUCUGUCCAGCACAGAUGUGCGCUUCUUACAGCCUCCCCACAAGGGACAGCACCCAAGGCAGUAUAGUGAUGAGAGCCCCUUUGUCCCUGAGAAUCCUGGGGCUCCUAUGCUACCGAGGGAGCUAUGGGCCACAGGCCUCCGACAGGAGCCUCCCACCACCCACCUCCUGGAUGACAGCCAUACUCAAGUGAGGUACCUCAGUGCUGCCGACCAGAAGGUGGACGUCAGCAGGCAGGGCCGACGUCACUGCGUGUCAACCAGGCAGCCCCUGCAGGCGGGCACCUGGGCAGCACAGCCCCGAGGGGGAUGCUGGCCUCCUAGUGUGGCCCUGGGGGCCCUCCAGCAUCCUCCCCUGCAGCUGAGGGGCCAGAGCUUGCACCGGCACCUGUCUCAGCAACAGGAGCUUCGGGAUACCCACGAGGCAGGACGCUGCUACGCCCUAGACACAGGGGCCGAGGGUUGCUCCACCGGAACCCAGGAGCCUCCCGGGGCCAGCCUCAUGGACAAAGCCAGCCAGCCGCCACGGGCAGACAGCUCCAGGUGGGAGGCUGGAGAAAGCAGUGAGGUGUCUCCCCAGAAGACACCCCUGCUGCAUUCCCUGGCCCAGGAGGGGACGUGCCAACUGGAGAGCAGCCAGGGUGGCGGCACAAUGAGGCCCUCGCCAUUCGACACCCAGGUGGGAAGACCCACGCGGAGGAGUGACCGAUUUGCCACCACGUUGCGUAAUGAGAUCCAGAUGCGCAGAGCCAGGUUGCAGAAGAGCAGAAGCACAGCGACUCUGACUGGCACCGGCGAGGGGGAAGAUGCCGCCAGCACCCCGACAGAAGGACCCUUCUCCGGCACCUAUAAGGACCACCUGAAGGAGGCCCAGGCGCGGGUCCUGAGAGCCACGUCUUUCCAGCGCCGUGACUUAGACCCCCACCCAGUGGAGCAGCACUCAAGGUCAACAGAACACAGGACGGGGCACCACGACACCUCACCCUCAGUGCCCGGGGACCCGGAUCCUGUGCCCCACUUGUGGGAAGCGUGCCUGGCCAAGCCAGCCUCCUCUGGAAGCAACAUGCCCCAGGUUCCCCGCAUCGGAGGCCGGAAACGGUUCACGGCAGAACAGAAACUGAAGUCGUACUCUGAACCAGAGAAAAUCAAUGAGGUGGGCCUCUCGGGGGCCUAUGGUCCUUGCCAGCACCCCAGGACACCCGAGGAUACUAUGGGCUCUUUUGCUGACAGAUGGAAGUUUUUUGAGGAAACAAGCAAACUGGUUCCCCAGAGGCCUGGGCAGAGACAAGUGCCUCAUGCAUUCCUAAGAGAGAAGCCGGAGAGGCCCCGGCCGGCUGGCCGAGGGUGUGAGGGCACCGAGCCCUGCUUGCACACCAGCUCCUUUGGGGAGAGCCUCACCAGUCACAGAAGAGCAGAAAAGGCAGGGAAGUUGGAAGCCCCACAGCGGCUUGGAACCUUUGCAGAGUAUCAGGCCUCUUGGAAGGAACAGAGGAAACCUCUGGAGGCCAGGAGUUCUGGGCGCUGUCACUCAGCAGAUGACAUUCUGGAUGUGGGUCUGGACCAACACGACAAGCCGCAGUUCAUUCACGAAAGAUCCCGGUCGUCGCCAUCCACAGACCACUACAAACAGGAAGCUUCUGUCGAACCACGAAGGCAGGCAGAGGACCCCAGGGAGCGCAGAGAACCUCCCUCUACAGUCCGUGCCGAGGAGGGGCAGUCCACAUCGAGACAAGCAGAUGCCCAGUGUCAGGAAGGCAGUCCAGGAACAGGACGGCGCCCUCUGAAUCACAGCCCGUGGAAGCCGACCACAUCCUCUGAGUUCCCUGACGCCCAGGAGGCCCCAGCAUCAUCCCAGGAGGGCCGCAGCCGAGCAGGGACACUACCUCGUGACUACAGAUACCCGGAGGAGGGCCCCCCUGUAGACUCGGGGCCACACAUCUGGGGACAGGACUCGCUGCCAGUGAGCGCAGCCCCGCGUGCACCCAGGAAGUGCCGCGGCCCCGAGGGCGCACCUGCCCACGCGCACCUGGCGGCCCCCAGCGGGGCCCUCCCUACGCCCCCGAAGGACGCGUGUGCGGCCCUCCUGUCCCUACCCCACGGCCCCUCGGUGUCCAGCGUCCAGCCCCAGGACGCCCCGGAGGCCGCCACCCACCAGCAUGUGAGCCAGGCUGCCGCCCGCCCCGAGCCACAAGCCCUGCCGCCCCCCACAGACCCGGCCCAGCACACGGCCAUGGAGACCUCACGCUCACCCUCGCCUCAGUUUGCCCCCCAGAAGCUGACAGAUAAGCCCCCCCUGCUCAUGCAGGAUGAGGAGUCAACAAGAAUCGAGCGGGUGAUGGACAGUAACACCACGGUGAAGAUGGUACCCAUCAGGAUCGUGCACUCCGAGAGCCAGCCGGAGAGGGAGAGCCGCCACAGCCUAGCGUGCCCCACCGAGCUGCCCGCCCUGCCCAGCGGGCUGCAGAAAGACCAGAUCAAGACGCUGAGCACGUCCGAGCAGUGCUACUCCCGCUUCUGCGUGUACACGCGGCAGGGCACCGACCCCGAGCCCCCCGGCGCCCGGGCGCCCCCUGAGAAAGAUGGCUGCGCCUCCCCUCCGGGGCGCGGCUACGUGAAGGCCAAAGGGAAGACCGUGGAAGACCUCAAGUCGGAGGAGCUGGCCCGGGAGAUAGUGGGGAAGGAUAAGUCCCUGGCCGACAUCCUGGAUCCCAGUGUGAAAAUAAAGACCACCAUGGACUUGAUGGAAGGCAUAUUCCCCAAAGACGAGCACCUCCUGGAAGAAGCUCAGCAGCGUAGGAAGCUGCUCCCCAAAGUCCCGUCCCCUGGAACCAUAGAGGAGCGGAAAGAGGAGCCACGUGUGCCUACAUCCGUUUCCCUGGCCACCAAUUCUGCCUACUACAGCACGUCAGCCCCCAAGGCAGAGCUGCUGAUCAAGAUGAAGGACCUGCAGGGUCAGCAGGAGCCUGAGGAGGACUCAGGGAGUGACGUGGACCAUGACCUCUCCGUGAAGAAGCAGGAGCUCAUUGAGAGCAUUGGCCGCAAGCUGCAAGUGCUCCGGGAAGCCAGGGAGAGCCUGCUGGAGGAUGUGCAGGCCAACACUGCGCUGGGAGCUGAGGUGGAGGCCAUCGUGAAAGACGUCUGCAAGCCCAGUGAGUUCGACAAGUUCCGUAUGUUCAUCGGGGACCUGGACAAAGUGGUGAACCUCCUGUUGUCACUGUCAGGCCGCUUGGCCCGGGUGGAAAAUGCCCUCAAUAAUUUGGACGACAGCGCUUCUCCUGGCGAUCGGCAAUCACUGCUCGAGAAGCAGAGAGUCCUCAUCCAGCAGCACGAGGAUGCCAAGGAGCUCAAGGAGAACCUGGACCGCAGGGAGCGUGUGGUCUUUGACAUCCUGGCCAGCUAUCUCAGUGAGGACAGCCUGGCUGACUAUGAGCACUUUGUGAAGAUGAAGUCAGCUCUCAUCAUCGAGCAGCGGGAGCUGGAAGACAAAAUCCACCUUGGCGAAGAGCAGCUGAAGUGCUUGUUUGACAGCCUUCAGCCUGACAGAAGCAAAUAAGAGCUCCAGCCCCAGCAGAGGCAAAACAUGGGGCCUCCGAGCACCAUCCCAAGGAUGCCAGUGGAAAAAAUUCCAGCCUAUAUUUCUACCCCAGAGACGGGGCUCCUCCUGAAGCAGAGGGGCUAGUAGAAAAGCAAUAACUCAAUCUCUGUUUGGGAUGAUUUAUUUAAUUUUUUAGUUUCCCUUUGAACACUGAGUGGACAGGCUCACUGUUAGCUGUUUUUAUUUAAGCAUAACUACACCUGACACAAGGCCCUGCCAAAUGGUGAAUUUCCCGGUGCUGGCUGUGGUGCAUGCAAGAGGUCCUUUUCGGUGGCAAAUCUGCUGCUCCUCCCGUCUUCAGGUGCCCAACCAGCCAUCUGGGAAGUAGCCAGUGCAUCGUUAGCUGCAUGAGAGGGGACACCCUGGCAUGUGUUCUCCUGCGAUCCCUCAGGGCAUGGACUGCCAUGUUGUCCCUGCUUAUUAACAGUGUGAGCAUUCAUUGUCUGUCAUGUGAUCACGUUCUCUGACCCAGCAAAAAUGGUGUAGAUAACUUAUUAACAUUUUGGAAAGGUGACUAGUUCUGUAGUGGUUACAAACCAACUGUGAAAUGAACAACCUGCAUCUUGGGUUCCUUCAUAGUAAGACUAAAACCAUGAUGUCAAGAAAUAAUAAUGUGCAUGCUUUAAAACAUACUCUCACAAAGCCAACAAGUAGCUUUAGUCCAGAAUUCUCAUUCAACAUACCAGUUUAAAUGUUGUUUUCCUAUGAAGUAAGUUAUAUAGUUAAAAAUAUGUCCAAUGAUAAUGUACUUGUUACCUGUUUCCCAAGACCAACAGAGUAUUUUUAAGCUUCUUCCCUGAAAGCUUAAAACUUGGAGUAUUUUUUAGUGUGAGCAUUGUAGUGAAUGGUAAUUGGCUAUUUUUCUCUUUUUUGUCUCUUUUUGUCUAUUACUAAGAGGGCCACAUUCCACACACUGUAAGAUCCCUUCCUCCAGUUUUUCAGAGGUCUUGUGGAUUGUACUUCUCCUAAAGUUGAUCUUUUUCUGCCACACAGGUUAAAGAAAGAGCCUGUGUGCCCUUUUUAUUGGUUGAAAUGGCAAGAUUCUAAAAAGACCCUUAUUCGUUUAAAAAAAAAAAAAAAAAAGCGGGCGGCGCCUGUGGCUCAAGGAGUAGGGUGCUGGUCCCAUAUGCUGGAGGUGGUGGGUUCAAACCUAGCCCCGGCCAAAAUAAAAAAAAAUAAUAAUAAAAAUAAUAAAAAAAAAAAAAAAAAAGCACUGUCUUGCCAUCAGUUUCCAAUUGAGAAGUCACAGACUGGGAGAAGAUAUUUACAAAUCGUGUAUCUGACAAAGGAUUUGUAUCCAGGA